GGGAUGGAGUAGAGACGGGGAUGGGGUAGAGAUAAGGAUUGGGAUGGGGUAGGGAUGGGACGCAGAUGGAGAUGAGGCAGAGAUAAGGACGGGAUGGGCGUGGAAUAGAGAUGGAACGGGAGAGGAUUCCGGUACGAAGUGCUGGCAGCCCAACCAACAACGCGCUCCACGUGCUUUUAUUCCCCCCUGGACCCGCUCAGCCCCUUUCUGGCUGUGCCAACCCCUCCCUCCACGGGUUCAUCCCUUCCCUCGCAAUUAUCCUGCCUUCCCCACGGCUUUCUUUACAGCCCCGCGUUCAGCCGGUCCCCCGUCCCUUCCCAACGCGGGUUGCGGUUCCCGAGAAGCGCUCGGAGCUCCGCAAACCCGGCGCUGCGGAUGGCACCGAAGACAUGCAUAGGGAGCACUGAGCGCUCGCGCGCAUGCGCCCUAUUCGCGCACGCCAACCGGAAGGCGGAGCCGCGAGCUGCUCGCUGAUUGGUUCCCCCUCACGUGACGGCUCGGCGAAGAGGAAGAGGUGGAGGGCGGUGUUCUCUUCCUAUUGGCUCGCCCCCGCCACGUGACGAAGGAGGAGACCGGAAGAGGAAGUGGCGGUGAGAGGGGUGUGGUCGUAGCUCCUCCUUCACGUGACAGGGGCGGUGCGGCCCCUGCCGGACCCCGUAGCGGCGGCGGCGGCGCGUCAUGGGCUGCUGCUACAGCUCCGAGGCUGAGGCCUCCGACCAGGAAGAAGAGACAAAGCGGCUGCUGGAGCCGGCAGCCAGCCCUCCCAACAAGGCACUGAAUGGAGCAGAGCAGAGCUGUCACAGCCUGCCCUCAGCCCGCACCGACGAGCAGGCCAUGCUGUCCUCCAUCCUCGCCAAAACGGCCAUUAACAUCAUCGAUGUGUCAGCAGCGGAUUCGCAGGGGAUGGAACAGCACGAGUACAUGGACAGAGCCCGGCAGUACAGCACACGCCUGGCCAUGCUGAGCAACAGCCUGACGCACUGGAAAAAGCUCCCACUGCUGCCAUCGCUCACCAACCAACCACACCAGGUGCUGGCCAGCGAGCCCGUCCCUUUUGCAGACCUGCAGCAGGUAUCUCGGAUAGCUGCCUACGCCUUCAGUGCUCUCUCACAGAUCCGCGUCGACGCGAAAGAAGAACUGGUUGUACAGUUUGGCAUCCCCUGAGCCCAACCCAGCACAGCUUCACCGGGUCGGGGUUUUGUUUCGUUGGCUUUUUUUGUUGUUGUUGUUUUUUCUCCUUUUUUUUUGUCUUUAUUUCCCCCCCCCUCAUCCCCACAGCACAGAACUUGUACAUAUGCCCCGUUUCCUAUCAAUCACCCACAAAAUGAUGGCGGUCUCACUGACCUCCCCACUUUCCCCCCCCUCCAGCGCUGCCCCUGUGGCUUUUUCCCCACUGUGUGCAUGGGGGGGCAGUGGGGAGGGGGCUGCAUCCUCAUUGCUGGGGGUCUGGUAUUGCCCCCAUACCCUAGGAAGGGCAGGCAGGAGCUGGAUGCUCCCAGAGGAGAACUUCCAAUGGCUUCCUCCGGCCUCUCCUGGUUUAUAUGGUUUUCUUUUUGGUUUUGUUUUAAUUAUUCUUCUUCUGCCACCACAGAUAAACACAUCCAGCCCG